UGCAAGGGAAGUAAUUAAGGAACAAAAACAAAGCGUUUGGGCCUAGUGUGUAUCUUUCUAGUGCUAGACCUUCCAGAGGGACAACUGCCAAGGAUUAGUGCAUUCUCUACCACAAGGACUACUGACUUGAUUUAGGAAAAUAAUGACUUAAGUCAUAUUGCACAAGUCAUGUCUUCAUUCUGCGUGGACAACUAAUAACUUUGCAAUGUUCAAAAUAUCAUCAGGCUUUGAGCCCAGCGCGCAGGGCCCCCGUUGAAGCGGCUGAACGACGAGUCGGCCUCCCUCUCUUUCAUGCGUGUGCUGAUUGGUAGAGGCCAGUACAGCGGUGAGGGGAAGGACUAGGAAACACACAGCCAGCCCUGAAGGAUUUACCAAAACUCUUCUGCGGAACUCUUCACCGUUGUGUUAUUAUUUUUUUGGUUUGUUUCGUUUUUUAGUUUAUUUAGGUUUAGUUUUUAGUUGUUUUUUUUAUUUGGUUGUGGAAGCUCCUUCAUUUUAAUUGUGGUUAGAUUAUAGAUCUAGUGUGGAAUAGGGCCUUCAUAUCUAUUAUAUAGAUUCUAUACAGGCCUAGAUCUACAUAAUUCAUUGUUCGGAUGGAAUACACUAUUCACUCUUGAUUGUUUUGAAUACAGUUUUUUCUUCUGGAAGGCGCUGAGACGAUUCGGCCUCGGAGCGGGGCCCCAAAUUAUUCUCAAAAUGAUUCUUAAAUCAUGGCCGAGGCAGUGGCCCAUCGCGACGUGUUUCUUCUUAAACACCGACUGGUUCACAGUUUCAAUCUAGGUUUUAUAUUGUCUGGAAUUGUUCCCUAAAAGAAUCUGGACCUAAUGCUAAAGGAUUGGACUACAGUUUUAUAGGGUUGGCCCUUAUAAAAUCAGAGCACAUUCCAGAGUUUAAAAAAAAAAAUUGUGAUUGAAUUACGGUACAUCAGUGGUGAAUAUUAUUAAUUGUUGUGUUAGAACCGCUCCGUUGUGGUGCUAAAGACAUGUCGCGGCGGAAACAGUCGAAGCCCCGUCAUGUCGGCAGUGAUGGACUUUCGCUGGGGGACGCCGGGGGCCCCGAUGAACUAGCCCUCGGAGAGGAUGACGGGGGAGACGAGGGGCCCCUGCCUUCGUUAAGGAAGAGGAGAUUAAGUAGCGACACUGACAGGGAUGAGGAUGAGAGACUCAAUGACGCGGAAAGUAAUGAAGAGUUUUGUCCCUCUGGGGAUGUUCCCUCCCCUGACGGCUGUGACAACAUCAGCUCCUGCGACAAAUGUGGCGUGUGCUUCACAGACAUUACCCAGUACCUGACCCACAAAAAGCUCUGCGCCACCCGCAGUCGUAUCCUCAUGCCCUACGACCCGCCUGUGAACGGCUACAUCCAGCAGAAUGGUUAUGACAGAGGCGGCACCGAUGACUGCCGGAGGAAAGACUACAGCGACGGCGAGGACCGUGAUGAUAAGGACGAUUACGACAGCGCUGACGAAGACGAGAGGCCGCCCCAUGACGCCGGCGGCUUCGAUCGUCAGACGGAAAGCGCCGGACUUUCCCGAGGAAGGAAAAGGUCGAGGGAGGAGGACGAUUAUAAAAACAACGAAGACAGCCGAUAUCGUUCUCAGAUUCGGUCGGAGGAAAAUUUUAUAUUGGGACUUAGAAACAAAAUGAUGAACACUUUCCAUAGUUUCCGGGACAAGUCAGUAGAUGAGAAUGAACGUCCCGGAAAUAAGCCAAAGACCUCAGACGGGGAAGACUCCCGAGGAAACGAGUUCAGAAAAGCGCGGAAGGACAGCGAAGCGAGCUCCGAGAGAACAGCGCCGGGCGGUUCCGCAAAAGAGGAUCCUGCAGUCGCCUGGGCUCUGAAGGCUGCAGAGAGGGGCAUGUUCGGGGGCAACAGCAAUGUCACCCUUGAGCCCAUGCCUGCCACCAGCGCCGCCGUUGCCCAGUGCGGGGACAGGGACGAUGAGGUGAACUUGUUUCGCAAUAUGCUGUUCCAACUCCAGCAACAGCAAAUAAUGCAGAUACAAGUGAUUCAACAGAUGAGGCGCCAGCUGAUCGCCAGUGGCGUCAACCCCAGCGUUCUUCCAGCGGACAUUGACCUCAGCAUGAUGUCCACGGAGGGGCUGGCGUCCGUGGGGGCCGCCAUGACCGGGUUACAAAACGCCACCGUCGCUGCCGCCGUGGCCAGAGACACUAUGACCACUUCUUCGUCCAGGUUCAGGGGCGGCUCACGUUCCCCAUCACACUCACGGGAAUCUUCGCCGUCCCUCUCGGAAAACUCUCACAGAACCGGCGAGCUUCCGUCUUCGCCAAACUCAGGGAAAACUUCGGAGAGAGACUCCGAGCGGCAGCGGGAAAUGGCGAAGCCUACGGAAGAAAGGCAUAAUGGCUAUGACAUGUCCGGAAAGUACCUUUCCCCGAAUGCCCCAUUCUUGGACUCACCUUACCCUAAACAGCCUGGAUCUUCCUCGCCAAUAUCCAGGAAUCCACUGGAGAUUCUUCAGGAGAAAACUGCAGCUUCCCUUUCUUCCCUGCCCAUGUCUCUUGGGGUGCGGGGUGCCGAGGGCGGCAAGUCCUCCAGCUCAAGUCUUCUCAACUCCAGCGCACUCUUCGCCAGCUCCCCGUCGCUGAGCGCCCUGCAGAAGGAGACUGACGCCCUGAAGCCUUCACCCAUACUGCCCCCACUAUCCAUUCCAAUGACAGCCGAAGACUACAAAGGCUACAUCCAGAGAGGCACAAUCUUGGAGAGGUCGCAGUACGCCAGCGAUGACCCGUUCUUCAAACACAAGUGUCGUUUCUGUCAUAAAGUAUUUGGCAGUGACAGUGCCCUGCAGAUCCAUGUACGCUCACACACAGGUGAGAGGCCCUUCAAGUGCAACAUCUGCGGCAAUAGAUUCUCCACCAAGGGCAACCUUAAGGUUCACUUCGAGCGCCACAAGGCUAAGUACCCUCACGUCAAGAUGGACGCCACGCCGGUUCCCGAGCAUCUGGACAGGCAGCCCAACCUGCUGCCCAACUUCCAGGCUACGCCCUUACCGUCGUCUGUACCCUUGCCACCCCCUAUGCCACGCCUACCUAUGCCACCCGCUUCCCAUCCCGCCCCUCCGUCUCCUUCGUCAAACCCACCUCUCCCCUCUCACCAUUCCCCUUUUUCUUUUGGAGGCUCCUUUAUGCCACCUGGACUACCGCCCUUUGGACUGAUGCCUCCUCCACGAGACGCUGGACUUCAUUUUCCUCACCCUCUUGGACUUCCAUUGGGUUUUCCGCCCGUAAGUCUCGCUAGCAGGAGGGAAUCCCCAAAUAGACACCUACUGGAUCCUGGCUUCAUGAGACCUCCGCAGAGGGAAAGUCCAGGCAGCAAUCGUGAUGCAUCACCUUCAGAAAGCAGAAAGUCGAAUUCUGGGGCACCUCAUUUCCCCUACCCACGACGAGAGUCAAAUCACAAAUCUGAAGCUGCAGACACUGAAGAUGGCGACAUCCAGAGAGAAAGUCAUAUGGACGAUCUCCAUAGAAGGACCCCUAGUGAAAAACACCCCCCACGGAGCAGGCACGAAUCUGAAAAGAGUCGCAGUCAGUCUCCGGCUUCAAGGAAAUCCUCCUCGUCUAAGGCGGCCCCAUCCACACCUGUACCGAACUCACCCCCUCCCUCCCAUUCACGGCCAUCGUCUUCACAUAGCCCUCGACAGUCCCCAGCAUCCGUCAUUAGCUGGGCUUCUUUGACGUCACCUCAAAAUUUCCCUAGUCACCACCCGGCAUUGUUCUCACCCCACCAUCCCCUUCCACCAGGCUUCCCCGGACUUGGCCUGUCUAUGGGAGGUACUCCAACCUCUUUCCAUUUGCCACCACAUCUCCCGAUGUCUGGCCCAAGACUUAGCGGCCACUCUCCAUUUUUACACCCGCCUCCCCCUCCCCCGCCUCAGAUUUCUAGCCCGCCAGGCGAAGGAUCGAUGUUUAGGAAUUCGAUACUGCCCACAAAGACUAUCGAUCCAUCCGAGAAUCUUGAGCAGUACAUGGAAGUUCAGAAAUCGGAAACGUCCAAGCUUGAGGCUCUAGUGAAGAAUAUCGAACAGAAGAUUACGGAUCCUAAUCAGUGUGUUGUGUGCCAUAGAGUGCUGAGCUGCAAGUCCGCUCUUCAGAUGCACUAUCGCAUCCACACAGGAGAAAGGCCAUUCAAAUGUAAGAUUUGCGGUCGAUCAUUCACCACCAAAGGUAACUUGAAGACCCACAUGGGUGUCCAUAGAGCCAAACCAGCUCUGCGAAUGAUGCAUCAGUGCCCAGUAUGUCACAAACAGUUCACCAACGUUCUAGUCUUGCAGCAGCACAUCCGGGCUCACACAGGCUCCAUGGGGCACAUUCCCCAUAUGCCAUUACUCCCCCCUCACAUGGAUUGGGCACACCGUGCUCCAUUCGGCCUUCCACGCCCCCACCCUUAUCUACCUCCCAUGCCCCACGAAUCUAUGGAUCUAUCCAGGGGACACGGUUUCCACCCAGGUCAUUUUCCACGCGAGCGUCACCCAGCUAUGGAAGUAGAGCGCAAAUCAGAUUCUUUUAGAAGGGAACGCCAAAACAGCGAUGCGCCAAAAGCUAACGAAGACAAUAAAACUGGUGAUAAUGAAGCUGUGAAAGAAACUCCUGCCAGAGCAACUCCGCCCAGACCACAUUCCCGUAACAGUGAAGGUUGUGAAGAUAGAGAAAGACCCUUAUCUAGACCAAGCCACCAAGAUGGUUCUUUUACAAAAUCCAAAUUUGAGUCAACAUUUUUACCUCCUGCAUUUGGAAACACGCCUUUUGAUACGCCCUUGGCUGCUCUGGAGGAAAGAGUCAAAGCAAUAGAUAGUCAAAUGUCACAGACCUCAUUCGAGAAAUUUAGGAAUAGCAUGGGACUAGAUGCCACAUGUUUUCCAAACUCUUCCUCUAGUGCGUCUAACGGAUCGGAACCUACAAGCAAGCCCGACAGUCCAGCUUCGGGUUUAGACAUGGCGCCAUACGGUUGUCCAAUCCUUCCACCAUACGAUGGAGGAUCUACAACAUGCAAUAUUUGUCUGAAGACUUUCGCCUGCAAGAGUGCUCUAGACAUACACUAUAGAAGCCAUUCAAAAUUAAAGCCCUUCCAGUGUGAAAUAUGCGAGCGCUGCUUCAGCACGAGAGGUAAUCUCAAACAGCACCUGCUGACUCAUAAGAUCAGGGAUUUGCCAAACUCUGCCUUCGAUGAUGUAGAUGAUGAAAGGAAAAACCAGGAGCCUGGCAGUGGCAAAGAGAAUGAAGACGACGAUGAUAGCGAGCUCCCAAAUGAAGACUAUCCGUACGAGGAGGACGCCGACGAGUUUGGAAUCGACCAAGACGAAGAAGAGUACGAUCACAUGAAUGAUGAAGACUUUGAUGAUAACGCUGAUGAAGGCCAGUCUUCGCCGAAAUCGUAUGUGGCUGAAGGCGACUACCAAGAGAAUAACAACAAUAACAGCAUCUCCAACGCAGAGAACCACAACAGUGAUUUGGAUGAAAGCAACACUGACUGUUCUAGAGACGUGACCAACGGUGAAAAGGAGGACGCCGAGGAUGCAUGUGAGCCUCAUGACCGAGACUCGCCGCAGCCUCGUGAGUUCCAUCCCCAGUCAGGCCCUUCCAACGAGGCCAGCAACACUUCCAGUAAUUUGUCACACAGAACACCUGAGCACUCCGGCAUCACUUCCUCCAGUCAUUCGGGUGACUCCAACCACAUUAGGCGUUCAGGUGGCCCUAAACACCAGUGCAUGACAUGCAUGAAACCCUUCUCAUCCGCCAGCGCCCUGCAGAUCCACACCCGCACCCACACUGGGGACAAGCCUUUUAAAUGCACGGUAUGCAGUAAGGCUUUUACCACCAGGGGCAACCUUAAGGUCCACAUGGGCACCCAUAUGUGGAACAACAGCCCAUCUCGACGGGGUCGCCGCAUGUCCAUAGAACCACCUUUCCUCCUUUCUCACAUCAAGGACAACCCUUUCAUGCCUGGGGGCUUCCCUCCCAGACCUCCUCCAGACUUCUUUUAUCAGUACCCUCUUCCAAUGAUGAACGGGCCUGGUCCAAAAAUGAACGAAAUAUCGGUCAUCCAGAGCCUCAGCGGUGCCCUGCCUAGCCUUCCGCCCAUCCCGCCUCAUCUUAUGCACGGAUUUCUUUCAAAAGAUGACCACAAUCCCCUUCGGGACCCGAUAGAGAAGAAACCAGCUGGUGAGCUUGACCUAAGUUUGAAAAUGGAAAAAGACCAUUCACCCACUAGAUCGUCCACAUCGACUCCGAUCUCUUCUCAGGCUCCCACGGCGCCCCUGAACUUCUCCGGCACCCAGUCGCCAGGCAACAACAAAGAGAACAGCAGUCUUGCGAUGGGUUUGGAUCUCCGCAAUUUGCGCGGUGCACCUUGGAUGUGGGGCGCCUUCCCUUGCCUGAUGUGUGGGCAGAUGUUUCCAUCCCAGGACGCCGUCGAGCACCACGCACGGUCACACCAUAUGAACAAGAGUGACCCGGCCGGGCACCCAAUGGUGAAAGGCGAGCCUCAUCCGGCCCUGCCACCCAAGGCUCUACUGGCGUAAUAGUUUUCUUUGCAAUGGACGCGUCCACUCUAAAACGUGUUAAAUGUUUGUAAAGUAAAAAAAAAAAGCGAUAAUUUGAAAAACUAUCAGGGACUUUGCAUUAUAAACAAGUUUGCUAUAUUAUUAUUUUUUAUUUAAACAAAACAAGCUUUGAAAAAAAAAAUAGACAUUAAGACUCUUAAAACUUUUCAUGUCAGUGACAGUGUGUGUCCAUAAACUAUGUACAGAAAUGUUUACAUGUGUACAAAAACUUUAUCUUUAAUAUAAACUUUUAUAAAUUAUAUUCAAAUUAGAUUUUUAAAUAUCAACAUGAAACGAAUUUUUAUGAAACUUUUCUACCAGAGACCAAUAGAUCUAGGAACCAGAUCUACUAGUGAUCAAUACAGAAUCUUGAUAACUAUUCGAGCAUAAUACUUUCAGUCAUAGGUAUUGUGUACACAUGACAAGAAUGAUAUUCGAGUACUAGUACCAAUAUUCAUCUGGUAUUGUCGUCAAGGGUUGUGGCAAAGUUUCUACACUCGGACAGUCGAAUCUGUGAUUCUACUUUUUCUUAUCAAUGUAUUGUUUACCCACAGGUAGCCGCGCAUGCGUGAUGCAUGUGUUUCUGACGUAAUGUGAAAAAAACGGUGUAUGAUAAUAUUUUUUCUAGGCAAAAUUAUUCCUUUGAAAUGUAUAGAUGAUUACAUAAUGUAUGUUGAUUACUGCGCUAGUGUUCAUCAAUAUAAUGCUAUCAUUGCUUAUCUUGUAAUGAAUUCAAUAUGUUUUCACUUGUUAUCUCUUAUCACUGUAUACCUCAGAAAAAGACUUAUCAGAGUCUGAGUUUAAAAAAUAAAUCAACCACAAUGUCACAUGUCAUCUGUACAUUUUGCCAUCGCUACAUUGCUUCAUUCUUACGUAGAAUAGAUUGGGGAGGGGUGUAUGGUCUUAUUAUGUAAAAUAAUUCAUUGAACCCUCUGUAUAUUUUUAACACCCCCAUCCUCCCCUUUUUCUUAAAUCUAUCUUAUCACUAUAGUGCAACUCUCAAGCGAGACAACUCAGACUUUUAAAUCCAUUUUUUUAUUGCUUUGUAAAACUUAAUUGAACUUUUUGUAAGAAGACCAUAUGCUGAUACAUUUUUUUUUUUUUUUUACAAAACAGGACAAGCCUGACCUAUUUAAACAACAAAGAUCUGAUCUAUUUAAACAAUACAUUUCUGAUCUUUUUAAACAAUGAACUUAUGAAUACAUUGUAAAACGUUUUAUUAACAAUUGUCUGGGCCUGGGAUACAUGAAUUUGUAAAAACAUUGAAUAGUUUGUCUCUAGACAUAUGAAAUGUUAAUUUAAUCUGGCACCGGCAUUGAAUUAUUUUCUCUCUUGAUAUUUAUAAUCGUUUAACCACGCUUGGAGCAGCUUAGUCAAGCAAACAGUAUAGAAGUAGAUUAGUAGGUCCUUACAGUUAAUAUAUGUUAAUAACAGUGUGUACAUGCUUUUUUUUUUUUUUUUUAUAAAUAUAGAAUUGUUCGCUUGUUUAUUUUUAAUUCGACUGAAAUAUAUCUUCAUAUUAAUGUAUUUAAAAUAUUUGUGUUUACUUUUGUUGGAAAGAAUUUUAUUUGUUUAAAAUUAUUUCCCUUGCCGUUGCCAUGGCGACGCUAUUGUCUCUUUAGGACUUUUUGACCUAUACAAUGUAUUGCUUUAUUGGGUGUGAUAACUUGUAAUGCCGUUCAAAUUUUCUCAGGUUCCUAUUGACUCUUCUCACUUAACUCGGUGUCUUGGAUACCGCCAAUUCUGACGGUGUUUUUUUUUUUUUGUCUGUCUCUCUCUGGGGAGAAGAUGGUGAUGUUGAAUUGAGAUGCCUGUCAUGCAUGUCAAAAUUCUGUGCGUGUAUGUCAGCUAUAAAUGUGUCAUUUGCAUGCGUCUGUGAUGUGAAUUAGCAUCAUUCUGUACACUAUGAGGAUUUUGAAACCUUUUUUUUUUUUUUAGAUGAAUCAAGUCUUUGAAUGACUUAUGUCAGCAUAUGACAUGUAGAUGUCAAUAACUGUAGAUAUUAGUUUAUGUCUUUCUGUAUGUAUGUGUAUGUAUGUCCAUUAAAUUGAUGUUAUCAUCCGGACCAUACAUUUUCUUCCGGGAGAUAGUGAGAUAUUCUGUUGUGUAACUGUUUGUAUCCUAUGCUUGUAUGUUUGGGCGUUAUAUCUCUGUAUCUGGAUGAUCUUGAAUUAAACAAAAAUCCAUUAUGACCUCUUUGUGUCCUUGACUUUUUCAUGCCAUACUGAUGAGUCCAGCGUCACAGUGACCUCCACAUGCCAUAAUAUUUUAUCCUCUUCAAAGUGCUGUGUCUUUUAGAGUGUAUUUUUAAACCUUUUUUUUUGUGUGUGUCUGGUGACACACAACAUUAGAUUGUGUCAUAUAGAAAACUAUACAACAAAUAGACUAAUGUCCAGCUAUACCCAAUAGAAGACUGGUAUCAAUUACAGCUGUUCCAUAUAGUAGACUGGAAUAAUGUACAGGUUGUGAUUACUGUGUACACAUGACAUAAUGUUCUGCUAUCCUCUUAUUUUGUAUCAAUCCCCUUUUUUUAUAAAAAUGAAAAACAAACAGAAUAGUUUUACAAUAAAAUUUAAUUGAAAUAUGUUUUAUCUUCCAUUGAAUGGCCUAGAAUCAUUGUAUAAAAAGCUAAAACCCACAAAGUUAUAAAACAAUUAAAUGGCAAAAUAAUAAAGCACAUCAUUUUUAUUGCAUGUGUUUAGAUAUUGUUUUGAAACGCUACUUAUAUCUGUAGUCCUACUUUUUACAUGUAAAACCUAUCUACAUAUUAGAAUAAGUAUAACAUUUUUACUACACUUUAUUUUUAUAGUACUACAAAUUAGCCUUUUUUGGUUGUAAUGUAUUAUUUUCAAGUUGCAUUUUACAUUGAGAUUAUUUGAUGAAAACAAAUUUCAUGAAAAUGAAUGUUUUGACAAAAUUAGUUUUUUAAUAUAAAAUGAAAUUAUUGUCUAGUGAUGUUAGCAGGCUGAGAAUAAGAUAUUAUAAACUACGUCAGGAAAGAACGUGAUGUCAAGGUCACUUCAUUGUUUAUUUACAAUUAUUUGUUUCGUUCAUUUCAAUAUUUGAUGUAAAUUUUUUAUUUUCUCUGGAGGCUGAAGAAAGACAAGAUUUAUACGUUUUAAAAGAGUGGGGUUUAGUUGUGUGUUUAUGUUUUGCAGUGUAUGUGUGCUUCAUGUAAACAAAUAAAGAAUGAUUGUACUGUGUGUGUGUGUAUGUGUGUGUUGGCAUAUCUAGAGAGAGAUUUCAAGUCUUCAAAAAAAUGAUUCUCAAUAAAUAGUUGUUUAUGACCAAAAUA